AUGUCGCGAUUGUCAAACUCGUUCGAGGAUAGCGAUGACGAUCAGUCGAAUGACCCCUACCAGAUCUCUUACCGCCAAGAGAAGCAGUAUGCAGAACUCCAAGGCCGGAUGAAGGCGCUGGAUGUGGUGGAUAGGUUCGACAAAACAGGCUUUCCUGAGCCGUGCGCUCCGAUUUCCGAGCAGGCUCCGAAUGCAAAGUACAGAGAUGACAAGGAUUUGCCACCCCUCCCGCCAAUCGUCGGCGUUAGAGGUGCUCGACGAAGAGGCACUCUUGAUCUCCACGAGACCGAGGAUGCGGAUCAAAUUGCCCGCUUGAGGGAAAUGUACGGUAAGGUCGCUGCUUGUAUUGAUGCACGCGAGCGGUUUAUGUCUGUCUCGUUGCAAAACGAACAAGAGAACCCCAAGAACCUCGAGGGCUGGAAAAUUUAUCCGGAGCCCCCCGCCCCGAUGUAUCACCCUGGAACCAAACAAUUCGCCCCCAGACCUCGAAAGGAGCCCACACCAGCCAACAUUGGCAGCGACUUUCAUUUUUCAGAGUGCGAAAUUCCAGAGGCAAACUCGUAUACUGUCAAGCGGAACGAAGAGUAUGUGUACGAAGUCUUUGACGACAACGAAAAGCCGAUUGCCAAAAUUCCAACUCUUGCCGAAUACUAUGAAGCCUACGAGUACAUUUCUAGCUGUAGCACCGAUGGGCCGUGCAAGACCUUUGCAUUCCGUCGCCUGCAAUACCUCGACGCCAAGUGGAAUUUGUACUAUCUGUUAAAUCAGGAUGAAGAAGUCCUUAAGUCCAAGCAAAUCCCCCAUCGUGAUUUCUACAAUGUGCGUAAGGUAGAUACGCAUGUUCACCACUCUGCUUGUAUGACCCAGAAGCACUUGUUGCGGUUUAUCAAAAGUAAGCUCAAAAAGUCGCCCAACGAGUUGGUGAUUCGUCGUGAUGGUAAAGAGCUGACACUCGAACAGGUGUUUGAGUCAUUGAAUCUCACUGCUUAUGACCUUAAUAUCGAUACGCUCGAUAUGCAUGCCCACCAGGAGGCAUUCCAUCGCUUUGACAAAUUCAAUCUGAAGUACAACCCAAUCGGCGAGUCACGUUUGCGCGAAAUAUUCCUCAAGACCGACAAUUUCGUCGACGGAAGAUACCUUGCAGAACUCACCAAAGAGGUUUUCAGCGAUUUGGAACAGUCCAAGUAUCAAAUGGCAGAGUACCGUAUUUCCAUUUAUGGCCGUUCAAAAGACGAAUGGACCAAGCUGGCCAAAUGGGUGGUUGACAACAAGCUGUUCUCUUCAAACGUCCGCUGGCUCAUCCAAGUACCACGGCUGUACAAUGUUUAUAAACAGUCGGGUCUUGUUGAAAAUUUUGGUGAUGUUGUUCGGAACGUUUUCGAGCCUUUGUUCGAGGUUACCAAAGACCCGACCUCCGACCCCAAGCUACACAUCUUUUUACAGCGAGUUAUUGGAUUUGACAGUGUGGACGAUGAAUCAAAAGCCGACCAACCUCUUUACGCUCGUCUUGUGACACCUGAUCAAUGGAACACCGGUGCUAACCCGCCCUAUACUUACUGGCUCUACUACCUCUAUGCCAACAUGGCAUCUCUCAACCAGUACCGCAAGAAGCUAGGCUUCAACACUUUUGUGUUGAGACCACAUGCUGGUGAAGCAGGAGACCCGGAGCACCUUAUUGGAGCUUUCUUGACCUCGCAGGGUAUUGCCCACGGCAUUUUGUUACGCAAACUACCCUUUAUUCAAUUCUUAUACUAUUUGGAGCAAGUCGGUAUUGCAAUGUCACCACUUUCUAACAAUGCUUUGUUCUUGUCGUAUGAAAAGAAUCCAUUUGUCAACUACUUCCGUCGUGGUCUCAAUGUGUCACUCAGCACAGACGAUCCACUACAGUUCUCGUUUACCCGUGAGCCGCUGAUCGAGGAGUACAGCAUUGCUAUUCAAAUUUACAAACUGAGUGCUGUAGACUCCCGUGAGCUCGCUCUUUACUCCGUCAAACAAAGCGGAUUCGAACACGAAGUCAAAGACCACUGGGGUUACAACAUGCACAAUAGCGAGAUCAACAUCGAGAAGACCAACAUUCCCGAGCCCCGUCUGGCUUAUCGCAGAGAAACUUUGCAGCAUGAAAGGGCUUUGGUCGAUAAAUAUGGUCGCAAUAACCGGGUUCUGGAUAAUUUAGACUAG